AAAGUACACCUCCGCCAAUUCCACACAGAGCUCACAAGUCCCCUCCAAACUCCGAUUUUAAUACCACAAUUACUCUCAACCUCACAAUGUCUGACCCAUACUCCCCCGAAGGAGAGCUCAUAAACAUCCACAGCGCAUUCCACGCCGGCGCCUACCAACAAGUCCUCGAUUUCGACACAUCCCCCUUCUCCGCUCCGAACCAGCUCCCGGCCCGAGUCCUCCAAUUACGCUCCCAGAUUGCCCUCGGCCAGUCCAAAGAAGUAGCCUCCGCGCUCGCCAGCGAAAAGACACCCGACCUCGUCGCUGUCCGAUUACUCGCGGAGUACGAGCAGGGAAAGGAUGUCGUGGAGCAAGCGAAGAAGCUCGCUGAGCAGCACGCGCAGGAGAACUUGACUGUCCAGCUGGUUGCGGGCAUAAUCUUGGACCGAGCGGGGGAGCCAGAGGCUGCGUUGGAGGUUUUGAGCAAACACCAAGGAAGUUUGGAUGCCGUUGCGCUCAUCGUCCAGAUCCACCUCGAACAGAACCGCACAGACCUCGCCAUCAAGGAGGCACAACGGGCGCGGAAAUGGGCCCAAGACAGCCUUUUGGUCAACAUUGCAGAGUCAUGGGUUGGCGUUCGGGAGGGCGGUGAGAAAUACCAAGCCGCAUUCUACGUUUUCGAGGAGCUCGCCCAAACCAAUGCCUCACAAUCGCCGCACUCGCUCGUCGCACAAGCUGUGUCUGAGCUCCACCUCGGCCGUCUCCCCGAGGCCGAAGCUGCCCUGCAGCAGGCCAUCGCUAUCGAUGCGAACUCCGCAGACACUAUUGCGAACUUGAUCGUGUUGAACACAUUACUCGGAAAGAACGACGAGGCAACUCAAUUGAAGCAACAACUAGGAUCUGUGGAUAAGAACCACAGGGCAUUGUCGGACUGGAAAGAGAAGAAGCUGGAAUUCGAUCAAGCGAGAGCGAAGUAUACACCGAAGUUCGAGGCAUAAAUAAGGAAGUAACAAAGGCAUGUGCAUUCAGCGAGGCCGGACCUUAAGCUAUGGAACGAUGGGAUUAGCUCUCCGGAGGCGGUCGCCCUAUCGAUGGGUUGCUUUAGUCUGUAGCUGGGUGAUUCGGUCAUGAAGAUAUGAAGCGGUCCUACGAAUAGACAAAUCCAAAACCAAAGCGUAGAUCUCACAGGGUCUGCUAUACCUGAAGUUUGCGGUUCC